GGUGUUUAUGCAACGUAGAGCCGAAUCUCGAGGAGCCGUUCCUUUCAAAGGGCCGUUCGAAAGACUGCCUGGGUUUUUAAGCUUGCUCUAGUUCAUUUUUUAGUUUACCGUCGCUGGUGAGUAAGUGAACGAGUUAACGGAGACAAGUACCCGUGAGUAUUGACUAAGUUACAAAAAAACUCACGAGAGUUGACAGACUCCUUUAGGACUCGCACAUCUGCAGUUCUUAUCGUAAAGAAAAAAAACGACUUGUUCACGAACGUCACAUUUCAAACAUCUGCGGAGGCUCCUGACACAAAGCAACAACAAAAAAGUAUUUACAAUGAGGGACAUUAACAUAUCCAGAAUCGCUGUUAUUAUCUUGUGUGCGGUGGUUUUUGUGGCAGUUUUGGUGGUUAACGCUUUGGCGGGAGCGGGCAGAGGUCCCUUCCAUUCCUCAACAGGUAAUGUGUCAGCCCGUUAUGAGACGGACAUCACCCCCGCUGGUUGGACCUUCUCCAUUUGGGGUGUUAUAUAUACUUGGCUCUCCUUGAUGGUCAUAUAUAUUACUUUAUAUGUGUUCAGAGGAUCCUGGGCCCAGUGUCUGUUGCCGUACGCCUUCUAUUUCUGCUGGGCUUUCAACAUGUUGCUGAAUAUGAUAUGGCUGCUGUUGUGGGACAGAGAGUUGAUGCUCUCUGCACUGGUUGUAUUGAUCCUGAUAGUGAUUUCCAAUUGCGGUGCCUUGAGCAUCUGUUGCUUUGCCACAGAUUAUUAUGGGCUGUGGCUGAAGACCUAUUAUCCGAAAGAUCUGACCUGCCUCAGAAUUCUGGUCCAGAAUGGUUUGGCUCUCUACACCACCUGGACAUCCAUUGCUUCUUUGAUCAACUUCACACUGGUCCUUCAGCUGUGGGGCGUGGUCAGGAGCACGGCAGCAACCGUGUGUCUUUGCAUUCUCUUUGCUGAGCUGGUGGCAUGGUUUAUCCUUGAAAACUGGAUACUGGAUCGCUGGGUGCGCAACAUCCUAACAGUGUACCCAGUCAUGAUUGUGGCUCUGCUUGGAAAUGUCUGGAAACAUUUUGUCCCAGCUGACCCCACUCCAAAUGCAAUCUUUAUGGUUACUCUGCUGGUGUUGGCAUGUAUCCUGCUGCUGUUCCGAGUGUGUAACGUCAUCUGGAGAAAUAAAUGGCGACCCCUCUUCUCUCCAGGCUCAGCACGCUCGCUGAAUUCACCCCUCGAUGGAAGCAAGUUUAAGAUCUUAACCUAAAUAGCAGUGAACUCCUUCAAACCACAGCACAUGUUAAGACCUGCCUUUAUAUGUUAUAUAUUCAAGUACCAAUGGUUCUAUACAAAUACAUACAGUGGAACCUUGGUAAGCAUUACUAAUUCAUUCCCAAAGGUCCCAUUCUACUGUAACUAAAACAUACUCUAACCAAGUCAGUUUUUCCCAUAACUAAUAAUGUAAAUGUGUUCCAUAAAUCUAAAUCCAUCCAUCCAAGCGCGUAAUUUGCAAGGGGGAUACAUGGAUCAUGACCCUCGCAAAAAUCUGAUCUAGCGAAAUAUAACCCCCCGAAUAUGUCCACAUCACUCAGAUUUAAUAAAAAUAUUCAUUUUCUUGCAUUAAUAUGUUGUUGAUUUUCUUUAUAUCAUUUGCCAGCAAAACACUAGCAUGUUUAAUUAUCCGGCAAUGUAACAGUAGCGCCCCCCCCCCCCAUGUUUGGCAUGGAUGGAGACCGCAGAACCGCGGAAAAAUGAAGUUAGGUGAUGAUUUGUGACUGGAGUUGGCAAGCUAGUUGUCCGAUUGCCAGUGUCCUGUGAGGUGAAGCCAGAGGGUGUCAGCCUGUGUAGUAAGUUGUAGUCUAAUAUGUUGUAACAUACAUUAACAUGUGGUUUAAAUAUAUGCCUACUGUUGUAUUUUCAUGCUUUUGUUUGGAUUUUGUUCAUUUGAACUGGUGAUGCCCACUAAUACGUGAUAUCAGUUUGCCAUGUUCUGAUGUUCAGAAUAGAGGUGAAAGCUGCACCCCAGUGUAGUGUGCCAACCUGUAUUGUGUGUUGUAUUGAGUGCUGUCAUGAAUUGUGCAUAUGACAUUUGCUGUGUGUUGUUUAUUGGUGUCAAUACAGUGAUGCAAUUGAUUAA